AUGUCGUCCCAAAAGAGCUACUCAGAUGCGGUGGAGAAGUCUGCUUCUGCGAAUAAAAGCCUGCUCCGCUGCUUGGGUGAGACUGCUGGUGCCUUAGCGGACACAGAGACAGUUUCUGAUACAAAAACCAAUGGUCCAGAAACGAGUCCGACACCAAGCAGCAAUGUUGCGGGCUCUGGAGUUAACAGUGUUUCCAGCCCUCAAGGUACUGACUCACAAGAUUCUGGAAACGGUGUGACCAGGGUGGUUACCGAUAAUGACAAAGAGGAUGACGAGCACGGUGAUGACGAUGACGAUAGCCAUCCAGACAUGGAGGACUCUGACAGUACUAUCAGCAGUGGGGAAAGCUCCUCCAGCCAGCAAGAGUUGGAGGAAGGUGAGGUUGUGGGAUGCCUAUUUUACCCCAAUGAGCUGGAGCCAGGUGAGGUUGUGGUUGAGGAGGGAAUGCAAAGCCAGUUCUGUCACGUCCACUAUGAGUUGGAGCCUGGCGAGGUUGUGGAUGAGGAGGCAGUGCAACGCCAGGUCUAUCACCGCCAGUAUGAUUUGGAGCCUGGUGAGGUUUUGCAUGAGAAGGCAGUGCGAAGCCAGUUUUUCCACCACCAAAACCGUGAGUUGGAGCCUGGUGAAGUUGUGGAUGAGAAUACAGGGUCUGAAAUGUGUGGACAGUCCAGCGAGUCCAGCGAGUCCAGUGAGUCCAGUGACUCCAGCGAGUCCAGUGAGUCCAGUGACUCCAGUGAGUCCAGUGAGUCCAGUAAGGACAACAGUGAGCAAUAUGAUAUUGAAGAAGACAGUUCAAUAGAUGAUUGGAUGGCUUUAGAGACAUCUCCUCUUCCGAGACCUCGAUGGAAAGUCCUUAAUGCCCUUCGUGAUAGGCAGCUGGGUUCAAGUGCCCGCUUUGUGUAUGAGGCCUGUGGGGCAAGAGUAUUUGUGCAGCGUUUCUUGCAACAAUAUAUUUUUGAAGGCCAUUCUGCGUGUGUGAACACUGUUCAUUUUAACCAACAUGGCACCCUGCUGGCUAGUGGCAGUAAUGACCUAAAAGUGAUCCUGUGGGACUGGCUUCAUCAGCGACAAGUAUGGAACUUUCAUAGUGGCUUCAAAAAUAAUGUCCUACAGGUUGCAUUUCUUCCUAAUUGUAGCGAUGCCAUUUUGGCCAUGUGUGGCCGUGAUGGACAGGUGCGCAUUGCACACCUCGCUGCUAUACCAGGCACCCGGAUGACUAAGUGUUUGGUGAAGCAUGAUGGAGCAUCUCAUAGAUUGGCUUUAGAGCCAGACUCCCCUUUUAGUUUCUUAACAUCAAGUGAAGAUGCAGUUGUUUUCAGUAUUGACCUCAGACAAGUACGCCCAGCUUGGAAGACGGUGGUAACUAAAGAAGAUGGUAAGAAAGUGGGACUGUAUACAAUCUUUGUGAAUCCUUCCAACUUCCACCAAUUUGCUGUAGGUGGGCAAGAUCAGUUUGUGAGAAUUUAUGACCGGAGGAAAAUUCAUGAGAAUGUGAACAAUGGAGUUCUCAAAAAAUUCUGUCCUCAUCACCUCAUAAACACUAAUUAUCCAGCAUACAUCACCUCUCUAAUGUAUAGCUAUGAUGGCUCAGAGGUCCUGGUUAGCUACAAUGAUGAAGAUAUUUACAUUUUCAACUCUUCUGAUAGUGACAGAGCUGAGUAUGUUAAGAGAUAUAAAGGACACAGAAAUAAUGCCACAGUGAAAGGUGUAAAUUUCUAUGGCCCCAGAAGUGAAUUUGUGAUGAGUGGUAGUGAUUGUGGGCACAUCUUCAUCUGGGAAAAGUCAUCCAGCCAGAUUGUUCAGUUCUUGGAUGCAGAUAAAGGAGGAAUAAUAAACUGUAUUGAUCCCCAUCCUUACCUACCUAUGCUGGCAUCCAGUGGCCUAGACCACGAGGUCAAGAUCUGGGCACCUAUAGCUGGAUCUUCCACAAAUCUUACUGGAUUAAAGAAAAUGGUUAAAAUUAAUAAAGUGAAACAAGAUAAUUUUAACUUACACCACCCUUCCCCGUUUGACAACCACAUGCUCUGGUUCCUCAUGAGUCAACUACAGGCAAAUAACCAGCACAAUUGGAGAGAUAUUAGAAUUGAAGUUAGAGGAGCAGAUUUCAAUGACUAUUCCAGUACCUCUGAGGAGGAAGAAAACCAAAACCAAUAUGAUCAACGGUAUCAGACAUCCUAA